GACGUUCCCCUCGGCUGAUGUCUCCAUUCUGGACCGAUUCACACGUUAUGUGUGCGGGUGUCUAGAAUGGCUUUCGGCGUGCACGCAAGAACGUAAAUGCGACAAGAUCCAGGAUCUUACGACCGUGUUGAUGGUGGAGUCGCCCCCUUGGACGCGUUUUUUGGACGAGUGCACUUUGGAGUUGCCUCAUGGGUGACAAGAUCCUAAGGGGCGAGCAAUAUCUGGGCACAGGGUUGCAAAGAGGCGAUGUACUGAAGAGCACCUGAGUUGUCCUGUAUGCAGUCCUUAACUACUUGGAUAUGUUGUUAUGCUGCCAGUUCGGCUAAUUUACUGACUUAAACGUUGGUCUUUGGGAUGCUGUACCCUGCUUAUUAUUCAUACAAAGCUGUAAAGACAAAAAAUGUGAAGGAAUAUGUGCGGUGGAUGAUGUACUGGAUUGUAUUUGCUCUUUAUACUGUUACUGAAGCAGUAACUGAUCUCAUGAUCUCUUGGUUUCCACUGUACUAUGAGCUGAAGAUUGCUUUUGUUAUUUGGUUGCUCUCUCCAUAUACUAGAGGAGCAAGUUUAAUAUAUAGGAAGUUUCUUCAUCCUCUUCUUUCUUCAAAGGAAAGGGAGAUUGAUGAAUAUAUUGUGCAAGCCAAAGAACGUGGUUAUGAAACAAUGGUUAACUUUGGUAAACAAGGCUUAAAUUUAGCUGCUACCGCUGCAGUGACUGCAGCUGUAAAGGGCCAAGGGGCAAUAACGGAAAAACUGCGAAGUUUUAGUAUGCAUGACUUAACAACUAUACAAGGUGAUGAACCUGUAGGACAAAGGCUCUACCAAACAUUACCUGAUACCAAAAAGAGAAGCAAAACCUCCACCACCAAUGAAUCUUUAGGUUAUAGUAUUCCAGUAAAAAAAGAUUCUGAAGAUGAUAAAACCGAUGAGGAGCGGGAAGGGACCUACUCAGAAGAUGAAAUGUAUGCUCAGAGAGGUCUCCGGCGAACACAAAGCAUGAAGUCUGUAAAAACGAGCAAAGGCCGCAAAGAGAUGCGGUAUGGCUCAUUAAAAUACAAGGUGAAGAGGAGACCACAAGUGUACUUCUAAAUGAUCUUCACUAUUCAGCUUAAAUCAAACUGCUGUUUUAGUUGCUUCCUGCCGGCCCACUGAGGUCCUGGUCCUGUGUGCAGGGCUUUCCCAUUCUCUGAAGGAAAAUGCUUGAUGUGUAUGUAUGUGGAUUCCCAUUGUCGCUGUGGAGCUUUUCCUUGGUUGUCAGACAGAAGGUUCCUGUACACAAGGUGCUGUGCAUGCAUAUCUGAGUUACUAGCCACUGUGUUUAGAAUUUAUGCAUACCAAAAAUUCAAAUGUGGUGGUAAAUGUUCUUUAAAGUGUGGUGUAUUAUAUCAUUAGAAUCAGUUUUUUAACACCAACUGCUAAUAUGGGUAGGUAGCACUUUCUAUGGUAGGUCGAUUUCUAUACUUUGUAAAUGAAAUAAUUUAAUGAUUGACUAAUUAAUACAUUCUUAAUUGUGGCUCUUGUGGAUGAGCACUACAAGUGGUUGGUUUCUCUCCAACACUUAAUGAACAUUGCACAUCUCCAUAAUUCGCUUACUGUAUUUGGAAAGCUUAUACUUGAAUGCAUUAUAAUUCUAGAUUGCUAGAAAGCUCUUCAUCGAGUGUAAAAGAAAUGAGUUUAAAUGAAAUAGGAGUAAUUUACAACUAAUCUACUUAAUAACUUGGAUCCAAAACAACGCUACUUGGGUUCAUAAAAAGGGUUUCUGCUACCCAGUGGAAUUAAUUGUCGUUAAAACAAACAGCUGGUUUCCGUACCAUGUGACUGACAGAUUUUUGCCCUUGUUGCCAAGUGACUGUGCAAGUGGGAAAAAAAACCUUUGCUCUUUGGAGAUGUUUGUAUUGCUGCACUGUAAUGAUUUGAGUGUUACAUGUGCAUACAGCCAUGUGUUAUAAGCGCUCAUUACAUUACAGUCUCUGUUUCUGCGCACUCUGAGAUUGAUCUGUGGUAGCAUUACGGUCAUUCUAAUGGGGUUUUCAGUACAGUGUUCAUCAGAAAUGUAGGAAAGCUGCCUUACACCAAGUCAGGCCAUUGGGUCCAUCUAGUAUUGUCUACACGAGCUUGCAGCAGCACUCCAGGCUUCAGAGAGGAACUUUUCACCAACACUACCUGGAGGGGUCGGGGUUUGAUCUUGGGACUUUCUGCCUGCAGAGUCAGUGUGCUUCCACUUGGCCCUGUCUUUGUAGCCAUGUUCUCUAAUGACGCAUGUGAGAGGAUGCAACUAAAGAAGUUGGGCUGGCUGGACCUUUUCUUUUGGUUAGAACUCAGUUUCUGUCUAGUAUGCAUAGAAAGUGUUUGAGUACAUUGACGAUCAAAACAUCUCAAUCCUUUCCAUGAUAUCCUGGCAGUUAGGUAUCAGACAUGAUACUGGACACUUCAAACUUAAGAAAUGAGAAAACACAAACAUUCUGAAGUUCUUUCUCUUGUCUGAAAAAAUGGCUUUAAAAAAAAUCAUCUUGCAUAUGUUUUUCCAACAUUACUAUGUGUGGCUAUUUUUCUCUAGACAAGCAUUACUGAAAGCUUUAUAUUGGGGGCAGUACUCAGAACUGAAAUCCAUAUUAAGAAUACAGGGUAACUGAAUGGUUGGACUAAUGUACAAAUUCUUAAUUCAUGUAAGACCAGCAUAAUCUGUGGAGCCUGUAUUAACUUGAUACAUUUCUUCAAUGUCCUUUGUGUUGUUUCAGAGCAACAUUUGAAAUGCUUUUAAAUCCUGAGGGAUACUUAAGUGUUUGCUACUUAAAUGCUGGCUUGCAAAGCACUACCUUAGACAGAUUUCUGAAGGGUGCCUUGCCCUUUUUGUUCAGAUAAAUCAUCUGAACUUGUUCAGAUAACCAGGGGUUUUAGUAUUCUUUGUGGAUGUAAAUAAAAAAAGUAAUUAAAGGGUAUUUUUAAAAAUCAUAAAAUGAGAGAUGCACAUUUUUAAGGCUGAUGAGGCCAAGUGCUGGAACCUAUUAAAUGAAACACUUGAAAAAAAUGCUGCUCCUGUAUCAGUUGGUACAAGGCUUUAAUUCAAGGAUUCCAAAUGAAGCAAACUAUUUUGCUGCAUAAAAAACUUUCAUAAAGUUCAAAGAAAAUGUAUAGAAGUUAAACAACGUUUUUAAUGCCAUGCAAUCUAGCAGUGUCUCUUCUCUGGUGAAGAACUAUGCAUUUAUGGUUAAUACUGGCAGCUUCCCCAGUAGGAGGAACUAAAUGACUGUUUUCCUUAUUGCCACAAACUUCAGAAACAAGAUUUAGCAUUAUGGCCUGCCUGCCUGCCUGCCUUUACAUCUCAGUAUAGUGAUUAAUGUACCUACACUGAAUGUAGGGAGAAUGGAGUUUGGUGUGUGGCUCAGAGGACUGUAGAUAUAUGCUGUAGCAUUACCUUCCACAAGUCUUCCUGUUAUGUAGAUCCUUGGUUAACAAAAUUUAAAUUGAGUUUGUUAAAAAAAAAUCUAGUUCUUCAGCAUAUGGACAGAGUGUAGUUUUAAAAGAGCUCAGCCUUGUUUUCAUCCUACAUCAUUUUAGUUAAAAAUUUAGCUUGUCUUAUAGAGACCCUUAUCAUGCUGGGUCAGGCAAACAAUCCCUCCAGUUCCCAUCUAUCUUUCCACAACUAUUCAAUGUAGAUAACUUAAAAGGAAUUGUAUAUGAAGCUAUUGUGAGAUGUCACAUUUUUUGUUAUAUUCUUUUCAUUACACCUAUCACUUUUUAAAUUUAUUCAAGCCUUUUAGCAAGAAGAAUUGUCCUGGAGCUUUAAUGCCUGUGUCAUAGGUUACAUAAUUGGUGUAAACUUAUAUCAUACACUAGAAAAUAAUGUGUAGUGCUUAAGUACAUGUUUGAUAUGGAUGCAGUUCAAAGGGAACUCUUGACUGGCCAGAUGUUCCCUGAGCAGGUUUUUGUAUGGAAAGAUUCAAGACUGCUUCACAUUAGAUCUAAAGAAGCUGCGACUGAAUGAAAGACCGUUUUUCUCCUUCAACCUGUGUUUUAACUUUUUGGAAUCAAAUAAUAAGGUAAAAGCUAGACAUUUAAAUGUAAUGGCUACACCAUAUCAAAAAUAAGAUUUUGACAUACUGGGCUUCCACUAGGUCAGUAUUCUUUUAAGUAUUUAUUAUGUAAAAGAAACACAUGCAGAGGGAUCAUUUGUGAUCUAUUUUCAAGGAUUGCUGCUUCCAGUUCUUACAAAUGCAGUUUCAACAUUUGGAUUCAUAGUAGCUUGAAAGAUAAACUUUAACUUAGCUGUUAACCGUCAAUUUGUUUACAUAUUUGUAGUACUGAGAGGAAUCUUUUAGCAUUUGUACUGACUUUUCUUUACCUUUGUAAGUGCUAUUUUUGAAAAUGCAAUUGCUUUAUUUAUUUAAAAAUACUUAAUAAAAUGAAUGCGCUCA